AUGAGCAUUAAAGCUGUUCCAAAAGCCGAAUAUCUUCAACACCUGCAGCCACAAACCAUGACAGUAAACCUAGUGGUUGGCAUUAUCAGCAUAGCUCCCGCUCGAACGGUAACGAUACGCAAGGGAGGCUACGACAUGGAGAUCAUCGAGCUCACAGUUGGAGAUGAGACCAAAGCAGGCUUCACUAUCAGUUCCUGGCAUUCGGCUCAAGAUCCUCGCAGCAAGACUGUGGAUCAGUCACGCAAAGUUUUGCAAUCACUACGUCCUCAAGACAUUGUGUUGAUCGAACGAGUGGCAUUGAGCUCGUUCAGGGGUGCUGUGUUCGGCCAGUCUCUUAAUCGGAAGGCGACCAAAAACACCACCGCAUUCACCGUCUUACACAAGGCGCAUGAAUUCCGCUCGGAUAGCGUGCAGCAAUCGAGUCUGCCCCCUGCAAUCGAGCACAAGCUCGAAAGGGUUCGAGAAUGGGUUUCAAGUUUCGUUGGACCAAGUGCGAAGCGCAAAGCACAGCAUGAGCCUCUCUCACAUGCUGGACAGAAGAAGGGAAGGAAGCAUGCAUUGACGGAGGACUUUUUGCCGGCGGACUCUCAGCCUUGA